UCUUAUAUAAACUCCAAACAGGCCGUUUAGUUUUCUUUUCUGCCCUUUCUUCCUUCCUUCACUGUUGUUUUCUUUCUACGCCGGAAAUGAAAGACGGCAGAUACCGAUUCUCUUCUUAUGGGUUCGAUCUUGUGUUCUCUGAUUGUCAUACUACUAAACGACUCCCCCUAUGGCAGAGGUUUACCGGAAAAUGUUGAGUGACGAUGAGUCUCCGGCCAAAUGCCGAGAGGCUCGCCGGCGACGAAUGGUGAUGCGGCGUUCCUCCUCCGCAGGUGCCACCGAGCAGUCAUCUUUAGCGGAAAAUGAGAAUAUUCUUCCAAAGCGUCCAGAGAAGAGGCCGGACAGCUCGGAACGCUCAGACGAAGGCAAGCGGAACAGGACGUCCAAGAUCGUUGAGUCUCCAUCCUCUCUGCCAUCGUCGUCUUCAUCGUCUUCGCAAUCUUCACCAAGAGGAGGAGCAGAAGUUCCGGCAUCGGUGCCGUCGAUUACCCUAGGGCAUAAUCUGGCAAAGGAUCUGGUGCCGAUUUUUGGUUCGAUAUCGGUAUUAGGACGAUCCCGCGAAAUGGAGGACGCCAUAUCUGUACAUACGGAUUUCUGCCGCCCGGAGAUAUCAGACCGCCGACCGCUGCACUUCUUCGCCGUCUAUGACGGCCAUGGUGGCUCUCACGUGGCCACAGUCUGUAAAGAACGGAUGCAUGUUCUUCUAAAGGAGGAGUUGAUGCGGUUGGCGUCAAACUCCGGUGACGGCGGCAGCAGUUCGGCUACACAACAAGAAGAAUCACAGGAGGAGAGGUGGAGAUCGGUGAUGGGGAGAUGCUUUGAGCGGAUGGACGAGGUGGCUUUGAGCUCAUGUGCUUGCGGGGGUGUCACCAAUCCAUGUAGGUGCGAACAAGCCGGAGGGACGUCCGAGAUCGUGGGCUCCACCGCCGUCGUCGCUGUUCUCACCCCUGAUAAAAUCGUCGUUGCCAGCUGCGGCGACUCUCGCGCUGUCCUCAGCCGCGGUGGGAGAGCUAUCCCUCUUUCCACCGAUCACAAGCCUGACAGGCCUGAUGAACUACGAAGAAUUGAAGCAGCCGGCGGCCGUGUUAUUUACCUUAAUGGAGCUCGAGUGCUCGGAAUCCUUGCCAUGUCCCGCGCUCUCGGUGACAAGUACCUAAAACCGAUAGUAAUCUCAGAACCGGAGUUGACAAUCACAGAAAGAACCCCUGAAGAUGAGUGUUUGAUCCUUGCAAGUGAUGGCUUGUGGGAUGUUAUCUCAAAUGAUUUGGCUUGUGAAGUGGCUCACAAGUGCCUAUACGAAGGAAGUCCUGCUGCCAGAAUCCUCAAUGCAGAACCUCCAGAUAGAGAUACUACUGCAACAGAACAAAUAGAUCAAUCGAGAUGCUCUAUCGCAGCUGCAUUACUCACUCGACUUGCGCUAGGACGGAAGAGCUCUGAUAAUAUCAGUGUCAUUGUGGUUGAUUUAAAACGAGGUUAAAGAUGGAAGGAACUGGGGAACUGCACCAACCAGAUCAACUUUGAGGUAGAGAAACAGAAAGAUGUACAGGUUCCAUAAUGGAGAUGGGGGGAAAGGAUCAUAAUGCACAGAGGAUGGGAGUUAGAUUAUGUUCUCUCAAUCUCUCUAUUCGAAGGCUCUCCAUGAAGAAGUUAGAAAAAAAAAGGAAAAAAAAAUGUAUAUAUUGGCUUUGUUUGUUCUAAUGACAUUCAAGUGGUUGGAAAUAAUGCAAUCGAUCAAAGGGAAUUCCAUGAAACACCAAAACAUGGUUUCAAAAGGUGAAAA